AACUAGAACAACGUAAAUAAUGUCGGUGGCAGACACGUUAGUGUUAGGAAUUGAUAACUUUGUGGCAUGCACUGGGUGUAUAAAAUGUACAUUUUGGAUCCUUUUGAUAGGAAUAAUACUGCAAAUAGUUGGUUUUAAAGGAAACAAGUGGUCAGUUUCAUCCACAUCUCAACAUGGACUUCAUUAUCUAUGUCAUCGUCCUACAGAUAUGGAUGUAUCAGUACUGUGUUGUGAUAUUUUCGAUACAGGUUGGUUGACUGCAGCGUAUGUUUGUCAAGUUGUAGGAAUCGUCAGUGCAGUAGCUACAUUCAUAUCCGUUCUGCUGUUUACAUGUUCUACAAGGACAAGAGGACAAAAAUAUACCAGAAUUAUAUUUCAGAAUCUAGCUUUAUUCACAGGUACAACUAUAGGUUCUAGUGCUGCAAUCUACGCUGGUUACUACUGGAAGAAUCACAUUCUUAAAGACCACCAUCUUGGCACUUCAUUUACAAUUGUUGUCCUUUCUUGUCUGUCUUUCUUAACCGUGUGGUUAAUAAUAAGUGUGAAUGGAUGCACAGGAUAUUUUGAGGACACUCCACCAUCUUGUCCAACUGCACAAACGCCUUUGCUUGCUUCUGCUCCGCAAAGAGAUAGGACCAGAACCUCGAUGGAUGUUUCUACAAGAGGACAAAUACCAACGUGUGCUAUCUGUUUUGAAAAUCAACGUGACGUGAUAUUCAACUGUGGACAUUUGGUAUGCUGCAAUACAUGUGCAACAACAUUACAAAACUCGGGUAGUUAUAUCUGCCCAAGUUGUAGAAGACCAAUAACAUCACAAAGACGUGUAUAUAUAUAACUAUAUAUUGAUUUAAUGAUUUGUCUUUGUACAUGUAUAAUUUAUAUUUGCAUUUCACUUUGUAUGAGACAUGGAUUUCUCUUUUUUAUAUCAUGCGUUGUAGUAUUGGCAUACAAAGUGGGCAAAACUGCAGUAUAUUAAAAGAAAUUCAGACCAUA